AUGGGCAACUGUCAAAAUAGUGUCCGAGAAAUUGGCGAAAGUAGUGGAACUUCUAACACUAACCAUCAUAAUGUCAUGCAUGUAAACACUGUUGAUGAACGAAUAAUUAGGCAAAGAGUGAAUCCUCGAUCUGCAAUAAAUUUUCACGAGCAAAGAGGAGUCCCAAAUGUCCAACUUUGUCCUCCAAGACUAUGUUCACAAUGUCAAGCUCGACUUUUUCAUAAAAAAUCAUCACAGAUUUGUUGUAUGUCCGGAAAGAUAAUCUUGCCAACUAUACCAGUUCCUGCAGAAUUGUUAUCAUUAUACACUGAUCAAACACCUAUUGGAGUGGAUUUUAGGCAUAAUCUUAGAAAACUAAAUCACAUACAUGCCUUCACUUCCAUGGGUGUUCACAUAGAUGAGAGUUUAGCAAAUGCCCAACAAGGAGUAUAUACCUUUCGAGCUCAAGGUUCCAUAUAUCAUAAGAUAGGUGGUUUACUCCCUAAUGGACCAUUUGUCCAUACUCUUCGAUCUCUAGUACAGCGUGAAGACAUACAACAAUGUGCACUUCACAUUCGCGAACAACCCUCAAAUCGGCCACAAUAUUGUUUACCAUCUGCUUCCCAAGUUGCUGCAGUGAUUGUCGGUGGAGAAGAAGUUGCAAACUUGAAUCCGAGAGAUAUUUUAGUCCAGUCAAAUUCUGGUGAAUUAAUGACUAUCAUGGACACAACAAGAUAUUAUGAUCCCCUACAAUAUCCAUUACUUUUUCCAUAUGGUUCUUAUGGAUGGUCGAUUAAUAGUGUUGACAAUAAUGGAAGAACAAUUCUGUGCCGAGCUUUCUACGCUUAUUACUUCCAAAUACGUCCACAUUCUAUUUCAAUCAUCUUGCUUGCACAACGGCUGUUCCAACAAUUUGUUGUUGACAAUUUUGUCAAAAUUGAGGCUAAUAAGCUAAGAUGGAUCCGAGACCAUCAACAUACCAUAAGAGCUGAACUAUACCAAGGCUUACAAGAUUGUUUGGCUGCUGAAGAACUAAAUCCAGUAAAUGUUGGGAAAACAACCGUCUUACCUUCUUCAUUUGUUGGAAGUCUAAGAGACUUGAAUGAAAGAUAUCAAGAUGCAAUGGCCUUAGUUCUAAAUUAUGGAAAGCCGAACCUUUUCAUCACUAUGACAUGCAACCCAUCAUGGAAAGAAAUUGUGGAAGAGUUAUUACCCGGUCAAACAGCACAAGACCGACCUGAUUUAAUCACUAGGAUAUUUCAUGCAAAAUUUGAAGAGUUCAAGAGUGAUGUUGUUGAUAAAGGCGUCCUUGGGAAUGUUGUGGCGUAUGUCUAUGUCGUCGAGUUUCAAAAAAGAGGUUUGCCACAUGUUCACAUGUUACUCAUUUUGGAUGAAAACGACAAACUAAGAUCACCUGAAGAAUAUGACAAAAUCGUGAAAGCUGAAAUACCAGAUAGAGAUGAGGAGCCACGAUUCAAUAUUCAAGGUGAUAACUCCUACCCUGUUUACCGUCGUCGCGGUGAUCGUGCUGCUGUGCCUUUGCAUGAGAAUAGCUCAACCUAUGUUGAUAAUAGUUGGGUUGUUCCCUAUAAUCCAUGGUUACUACUAAAGUUUGAUUGUCAUAUAAAUGUUGAGAUUUGUAGCAGCAUCAAGAGUGUCAAUUAUCUGUACAAAUAUGUGCACAAGGGUGUUGAUCGUGUUUCCAUGGAAGUACGAGCAGGAGCAGAUAACAAUGAGAUUUAA